GGGUCCCGUAGGCGGCUAUAAUUAGCACCGUCCCGGUGAGCAGGCAGCAUAUGUAGAGCGGGGGCGGUUUUUGGCUCCUACACACACACUUCCGUGUUUAUCUGUCACCGUAAAGCAGGAAGCACUGUAGUAAUGUGUAGGAGUUGACGAGCCCUCCUGCUGCUGGUUCCUCACAGGUAAAGAGAAAGCAGCCGGGGAAGGAGCUACAUGGAGGCUAACUAACUGAGCCCGGAUCUGUCGGUGCUCGGCACACGAUCACACACACACACACGGGGACUGCGGUACAUCGGCACCGAAAUGCCAGCCGGAGUUUGUGGCUGCUGUGGGCCGCUGAGGCCGAGGUACAAACGCCUGGUGGACAACAUCUUCCCCGAGGACCCCAAAGAUGGCCUCAGUAAGUCGGACAUGGAGAAGCUCACCUUCUACGCCGUGUCGGCUCCAGAGAAACUGGACAGGAUUGGAGCUUACCUGGCUGAGAAGCUGAGCAGAGAUGUGGUGCGACACCGCUACGGGAAUGUGGUGAUAGCCAUGGAGGCUCUGGACCAGCUGCUGAUGGCGUGUCACUCUCAGAGCAUCAAACCCUUCGUGGAGAGUUUCCUGCACAUGGUGGCCAAGCUGCUGGAGUCUAGAGAGCCAGACCUGCAGGUCCUGGGAACCAACUCGUUUGUGAAGUUUGCCAACAUCGAGGAGGACACACCUUCCUACCAUCGCCGCUACGAUUUCUUUGUCUCACAGUUCAGCGCCAUGUGCCACUCUACUCACGAAGACCAAGAGACCAGAACCAGGAUCCGUGUGGCCGGGAUCAAAGGUCUGCAGGGCGUGGUGAGGAAGACGGUGAACGACGAGCUGCAGGCCAUCAUCUGGGAGCCGCAGCACAUGGACAAACUGAUCCCAUCCAUGCUGUUCAACAUGCAGGACAGCGAGGACCUGGACAGGGCGGGGCACCCAAACACACCAUCGGGGGCGGGUCAGGAUGGCGAGGAGAACCCGUCAGCGCUGGCUGAGAACUGCUUCAGAGAGCUGCUGGGCCGAGCAGCCUACGGCAACAUGAACAACGCUGUGCGGCCCGUGCUGGUUCACCUGGAUAACCAUCACCUGUGGGACCCCAACGAGUUUGCAGUUUCCUGCUUCAGAAUCAUCAUGUACUCCAUCCAGGCUCAGCACUCGCACCACGUGAUCCAGCAGGUUCUGAACCACCUCGACACUCACAACAAGAACACGCCGCGGGUCAGAGCCGGCAUCGUCCAGGUGCUCCUGGAGACGGUGGCCAUCGCCGCCAAAGGAUCUGUGGGGCCCACCGUGCUGGAGGUGUUCAACACUCUGCUCAAACACCUGAGGAUGAGCGUGGACUUUGAGCUGGGCGACAGCUCGAGGAGGAACUCCGCCUCCAGCGUUUCAUCCGUCCGCGGUAGAGAGAGCGAGGAGCGGAUCGUCCAGAACGCCAUCAUCCAGACCAUCGGCUUCUUCGGUGGAAAUCUGCCAGACUACCAGCGAGCUGAAGUCAUGAUGUUCAUCAUGGGCAAAGUGCCAGUGUACGGGACGCCCUGUCACGCCUUGGACACAGUCAAGAUUGGGCAUCAGGGCACCAAGCGGAUCCAGACCAUGCUGCUCAGCUCCCUCAUCAUGGUCACCUCCGGCUUCAAGUCUAAGUCCAUGGCGGCGGCUCUGCCUCCUCCGUUCCUGGACCCGCUCUUCUCCAUCUCUCUCAUGGAGGACAGCGAGCUGAGGCAGCUGGUGUUCGAGAUCCUGCACAACAUCCUCGACCGCCACGACAACCGCGCCAAGCUGCGCGGCAUCAGAAUCAUUCCUAAUGUCUCCGCACUGAAGAUUAAGAGAGAGAAGAUUUCCAAGCAAGACGUUGCAUUCAUGAAGAAGCAUGGCCAGCAGCUCUACCGUCACAUCUAUCUGGGCUGCAAAGAAGAAGAUAACGUCCACAAAAACUUUGAGCUGCUCUUCACCACCCUCGCCAUUCUGACCAUCGAGCUGGCCAAUGAGGAAGUAGUCAUCGACCUCAUUCGACUCGCCAUCGCGCUGCAGGAAAUGGCUCUUACCAACGACGAGAACCUGCCCAUGUUUAUUCGCUGCGGCAUCAUGGCGUUGGUGGCUGCGUACCUCAACUUCCUGAGUCAGAUGAUUGCCAACCCGCCCUUCUGCCAGCACGUCAGCAAGGUUAUUGAGUUGAGGAACAUGGAUGCUCCUUACCUCCUCCCAGAGCACAUCUUCAGAGACAAGUGUCCGCUUCCUGAAUCUUUGGACAAAGAGGACAGCCAGCUGUACUUCCAGACGGCCGACAUGGCCGAGUGUUUGGCCGGGCCGGGGUACAACGCAGAGCGCCUCUCCAUCCCCUACGUUCCUCAGGUCACAGAUGAAGACCGUCUGACCAGGAGGAAGAGUUUCGUGGACACAGUCUCCCUCCAAGUGGACAUCAUUUCCAACAGCCUUCCAGAAAAGUCCCAGCUGGCUGAGGAGAUCACGUUUGAGACCCUGAAGAAGGCCAUCGACACCACCGGUUUGGAGGAGCAGGAGAGGGAGAAGAGGCGCCAGGUGAUGGAGAAGUUCCAGAAAGCGCCGUUCGAGGAGAUCGCCGCCCACUGCGAAUCCAAGGCAAACAUGCUGCAUGACCGGCUCGCACAAAUCUUUGAACUCACAAUCAGGCCUCCUCCCAGCCCGUCCGGAGUGGUUUCCAUCUCAGCGGGACACACCCAGCAUCAGUCCGUCCCCGUCUACGAGAUGAAGUUUCCAGACCUGUGUGUCUACUGAACGCACACAUCCACAAACCAGCUCACACGCAACAUUGAAAAUGCACAGAAAGAACAACACACUCACAUCUGCACUCCAGUCUCCUCUGUUCAGGUGGCGGGGAUGCCGUCAGGGACGAAGUUUAAGUUUUCCCGUCUUGACUCAAACCUGCGUUAAUCCACGCCGCUCCGAUUGGCUACACUUUGUUUCCUGACUCGCGUCCCUGAAGCCAAACUGAACUUUUGAGUCACCAAGAACAAAAAAAACAACAAAAAAACCCAUAAACUGCUUCCACUCUGAGGUUUUGUGUAUUUCCGACGUUGCUUCUCUGUUCCAGUCCAGCCAAAGCUUCACUCCUUGUACAUAUGCUCUCUUAAAAAAGCAGCCUGAGGCUCGCAAACGCAGCUCCUGCCUCGUAACAACUAUCUGUCUCCUGUCAGUAGCCGUCGGUGCCGUCACUGAUUAGUAGGAAUGUGCAAUAUACAUAUAUAUAUAUAUAUACAUUAGCCGUCAGCUAUGAAAACUGAAAUAACAGAAGUGGUGGUAGAAAGCAGUUUAGUUUCAGGCUCACUGCUCCUCGGCUCUUCGCUCUAAUCUUCAGUCUUUGCUGUUUAAGAUAAAACCGUAUCAGAAAUGACUUCAACAACCAGCUGAGUUCUUAUAAAUAAAUUCAAUGACAGCAAUACUCAAACUGCUUGGCAACGACACUCAAAAGCUGAAGAGUCGACGUUUGGACAAGUAGAAAUGGGCUCGCUCGUGUUUGGUGAUGACGAGAUUGUUUCUGAGAGGCGUGAGUUUGUAAGACGAAGGUCACUGAAGAAGUAAAGAGUGGUCAUCUCCAUCAGCUCCCACCUGAGACUGUAUAUAGAAGAUGGACAUAGUCAGUGUGGUGUCAAUUUAGUGGGGAGCUUUGAAAUUGGACAACCAAAUGGUGGAACUAAGACUGUAUACUGCACAUACUACUACUAGUAAUAGUACUACUACUAGUACUAUUACUAGUAGUAGUAGUAGUACUAGUACAGUAGCCACAGGUGGACAAAAUCAACGGAGACUGUAUAAAAAAGACUCAUACAGCCACCGAGACAUCAGCGUCUAGUUUUGAGCUCCACAUUUGGAGCCUCAGUGUUGAUGUUUUGGAUGAUGUCAUAAUGUAGUCACAUGAUCAGAGCAACCACGUCUCCUGUAUCCAGAUGGAUUAUUAAAAAACCAAACAGUUUUUUAAUCUAAUCAGGCUGUAAUCAUGUUUAUUUCUGCUGAAAGCUUCAACACGAGAGUCUGUGAGGACUGACUCACUGCUGGAGUCGCCCUCGGGUGGCCAUGAAAGGAACUGCGGUCUUUGGUGCGUCCAUAUUGGCAGCUUAAUGUUACUGUAAGGAGGACGUGAUUUACAAACUGAAACUACAACCUGAGCUCAGUGUUUGCUGACGUCUAAACGCAAGAAGGCCGUUGGGUCUUAUUGUCAAAGAUUGCAAACCUUUCAGAUAUGGAAGCUAUGUCCAUCUUUAAUAUACAGUCUGUGGCUUUGACGGUGGUCCUUAGAGAAGUUGUUGUAAAGUUCUUGUGGCGGGGCUGAUGAUUUUAGAAAGAACUCUAAACUUCCUCUAUUAAAGAUUUGGGGUUAAUAUUCUCAGAGAUUGCAGUAAAAAUAUCACAAAAAAUACAAAUGUAGCAUCUUUUAAAGAGUUGAAGUUGAUUCCUCAUGUAUGAAACAGUGCACUUAUGAUCACAGUUACAGGCCUGUGUGGAAGUAAAAUUAAAGCUACGCGCUCUUCGUUUGUAAUAUUUCCUGAUAUGAGGUGGAGCUGCAUGCAGCAUGUUGGCUGCAGAUCAAUCUGAUCCAGCUCAUUGACUUUGCGCUGUAGUCCCUGCGCACGCCUGCUUUCCAUGAACGAAUCAGCUGCCUCGCAGCUUUGUUGGCAGCCUUAAAAAAAACAAAACAAAAGCUGCUUCAUUGCCAAACACAGAAGUUUGAUUCUAAAACGUCUCAAUCUAAAAAGGCUGUUUGUAUCCCGUGAGGAGCCAUAUGGUGGAGUUUUUCAUUCCAAAACGAAGCGACCGGCAGCAUCAAAGUUAACCUCCCCGCUGAACGCAUUAAUAUUAAUAUCCAUCUUCAGCCCCAGCGAUACAAAGCACUGACAUUUUGGAGGAUUUAAUCAUCCUUGCAUUUUCAACAGUUAUCACAGCGCCGUGAUUUAUUUCCAAAACAGGGUACAGGAGGCGCGCUGGGAACAGGAGGAUUCGUAUGUGGCGCAGCUGCAGCUGUGAUCUGUAAUAGCAGAUGGUUAUCAGUGUUUUCUUCUGAUCUGAGCUCAGCGUGGGAAGAAAAUCCCUCCAGUUGGAGGAAGAUACCUGCUGCCUCUGUUUGGUGCGAGCAGCUGUUGGAGGCUGAAGGUCGGCGCUUCUUUUCACUCAGAGCUGAUCGGCGUGUUCGGCUCGCCGCGUCAGCGAAGGAGAAAUGAGUUUCUGGAGCGCUGGUUGUGUUUCUGAAUGAGAGAUGCUGGCUAAGCUGAAAGUCUGUGUUUGGCAUCACCAACACGAGCCUCACAAAUCUGAGAAACUUUGUUAGUAAAUGUGUGUUUUUCAGCAUCGGGUCGAAGGCCAAGCAGUUUAUUUGUGAAUGUUUGAUCCUGGAUACGUGACAAGUGCAGGUUUGGUGCGACGGUCCUGAUCACAUCGCAGCGUCACAUCUGUACAGUUGAGCCCGUGCAGCUGUUUGGACCUGGAUGCUUUAAUGUGCAAGGCCAGGGUCACGAAAGCUGCAAGACUUGAAGCAGAAGAAAUUCAGAGAUGAAAUGUUGGCUGCUAAUGGAAAGUCGACAUAAAUACUGAUGCCAAAUUUUUAGGGAUACUUUUUCUUCUUUGCUUACACUGAUAUUGUAAUUUUUGUACUGAAUAUUACAGAACAUUGCGUUGUCAUACCAUCGUUAUGGUGAAUUACUCUAUACUCCACUUCCUCUGUCGAGCCAGCAAAGCUACAACAAAAACAAGAAUUUAAGAUUUCUAUUGAUUUCCCAUCAGUUCUUCUUCUGCAGAUGGAAUUUUAAAGCUUCUCAGGUGUGCUCGGGUACCUUCUUGUAUUUUAAACAUGUUCAGUGACCCAGGUUUGGGUUAGUGUCCACUUUAACAUUCGGGUGUGCCAAACAGACAAAUUUCAAAAGUUAGAGCAACUUAUUAUAGAAUUUCGACUGCCAGUGGAGGUGGAGAAAAGAAGCUGAUUGGCACAUGAUGUCAAACAAUGUUACCUACGUGGUUGCCUAGGGAACCGGAUAUUCACAAGUAACCAGCUGUCACCGUGGGCAACAAAGCGAUGCACUGAUGGUUGGAUUGUCUGGGUACAAGCUUACUACAGGCUUUUAAAAGUUCACGACCAGCAUAAAACGUGACCCUUACCUUACACGUCAAAGCAGUCCCACUUUACUUUCCUUUACCUUCACGGUUGCUGACCGUUCAUCUUCUCCAAUUGCUGCUUAUGUAUCGAUAACCAGCGACAGGGUGGGUUUGACCUCUUAACACCCACCGGGCACCAGCGACCCGGUCAGGGUUUUGUUGUAGCCAAAUGCCAAAAAGGCACAUUUUUGAGAAAUUGAAAGGUCCUAAGGUCUUUAACCAAACCCUAACCGGAUAUAAUCCAGUGGCUGUUUGGAGGUUAAAUCUUCUGUUUUAUAAGUAUUACAUGUCUAAUCAUUGUACUGUGUGAAACGUAGGUUACAGAGGACGUUUAACUGGAAACGAUGAGCAGAGCAGCCUGAAUAAGAGAAAAGUCUCUCUUGCUGUUUUUUUCUGUGCAAAUCUACGCAACAUAAUGUCUUAGCUUUAAACUCUCGUGCUUUAACAUCGUAGAAUCAUAGCUUUUUAAAAACAUGCAUUAUAUGAACUAACUGCAUGGCUCUUUAACUUCAGUCAUCGUCGUUGAUUCCCGAGGGACGGGACUGGGAUCAUAUGCUGAAACAAAAUCUAAACGAGCUCUUUAACGGCCGGAUCCUGAAGUCGGGCUUUAGAGAAAAGUCGGGUUUAGAUGUGGCUGGAAUACAUGAUAUCUUCCUCUCAUGAAUGUGUCGUUGCAGCAGUAUAUAUAUACAUAUAUAUCAUAUAUUUUUGUACAUUUUAUGCAUCACGUAUCAUUACAUUGUUGCCUAGCAGAGAUUUUAGAGGUUGGGAGAUUUCUUCUAAGACGAGGACAAAAUGCUGAAUUCUUUAUACUCGUGUAUUUUUUUUGUUGUUUACCUCGACGGUUCAGGUUUCAGCGGGAUGUUGCAGUGUGGGGGAGAUGGUCUUGUUUUUAUUUUUUCAACUGUAGAUUCUAUUAUAUCAUUUCAAAAAUAAUGAAAAAUGAAUGAAUAUUAUAUGUAGAGCCAGAGGUUGGUUAUUUUUGGAUAAAGGAGUAAAUCAGUGCAAUCUGCUAAUGUUAAGAUCCAGAUUUAUUUUUCUUUAAGUGGCGGCUCAGGCUCAACCUUCAGACCUGAAACUCUCAGACGGUCCUGGUUGAAGAAUCAGCUCCAGAUUCACUAAAAUCAUUUAAAGUUGCGUCCACAAUAGUCGGAAAACUGUGUAUUCCCAUAUGUGACCUCGUUCCUGACAACGCUUCCAAGUUCCUCCUACGUUUGAAGACCAUCUCUUGGUGGUCUUCUCCUGGAAAACUCCUGUAAUCUGCAUGAGCCUCGAACGUUGGUUUUUCUUUUAAUCAAGAUGCCCGGUUGUCCCAUCUGUGCAAGCAUUUAACCCAAUUCCACCUUCAAUUUGCCAGAGGUCAGAUGAAUGUCCUACAAGAAUUAUACUGGAAAAAAAGUCCCAGCUUUUCCCAGAUUUAGUCAGAAGCAGCAUGAAAAGAUGGGUAGGGGUUGCAAAGCGGCUUGCAGAUGCUGCUUCAGCCUGUAGGCAGGUUCAAUGGCUUAAAUAACACGACCUCAUUUAAAAUGUCUUUAUUUAAUGUGUAGAAGGCAUCAGCUGAUCCAUCAGGAUGGUGGAGGAGCUCGGCUUCGUGGCCUGUCUGAAUUAAUGCUAAACUUAUUGACAGGAAAUAACGCCUACAAGGGAUCGUAACCAAGCGCUUGACAUUAAUUCCGACUUUUAAUUUGAUUCAACAGCACCAGCAUUUCCACAGAUUACUUUAAAACUCGUAUCUCAGUCAAAUCCGAUGUUCACUGGAAUUAAACACUCAUGGAUCCGAUUGGUUUUUUCGUAUACACGUUCAUCGGUAGCGGUAUCAGUAAAGCCGUCUAAACCUCCAUGAAGACGUUACAGGAUAUAACUGAAUGAUCAUAUUUGUGGGUAGCGGAGGACCUCACCUUCAGACGGGUUUUGUGAAUCUGGACCCGAGUCUGUGUUUCUGAGCCGAAAAGUUUAACACCGGCUGAUGUGAAGUCUGUAAAUGAUGUCGGAGAAGUCGGUCUGCGAACGAGCCGCUCGGCUACUUUUGAUAAAUGGACGGUAUGUUCAACCGAUUCAGCUCAAGCAAUCAUUCAAAUAGUACCAGCUGAUGUAUUAAUGAACUUUAAAGUAAAAAUGCUGAACAGUUAAUAACCGUUACGGUAAAAUAUGAUGUUGUGUUUGCACUUUCAUCACUGUGUACCUGGUACUAUAGCAGAAAUAAAUCAGCACCGAUGUGUGUUCGGUACAAACAGAUCUUAGAAGUAUUUUUGAUGAAAUGAUCUGUGUGGAGCUGUGAAAAGUUUCCCUCCUGAUUGGUGAUCUGAGUCCACGUGAUGAACUCUUCACCUUUCAAGAUGGAUUUUUUCCAGCUGCAAAAUGUCAAGAACAAAAAAAAAAAGAAAAAAGCUUCCGAUGAAGAUGAUGUUCUUUUUAUGUUUCUGAUGUAUUUUUGUGCCAGUUUUAGAUUAAAGGCGUUGCGUCCGUGUUCACAGUGACAAACUUGCUAUAGCUCGGCUUUGUUUCAAUCACACUGAUGAUUUUAACCACUAGAUGGCGCUGAGGCUCCCGCUGCUGGUUCACGCUUUCACCUUCAUUGUUCUUUUGGUGCAUUUCUUUUAACUUUUCAUCUCAGUGAGAAAACUACAGCUACAUGACCUCAGCUGCUUCUGGAGCCUCAAGUGGACAUAAGAGGAACUGCACUUUUCCCAAACCUGGAUUUGCUGUUUGCACAAAGAUCCAGUGAGUCAGGAAAUAUCUGAGUUUAGAUUAUCUUGUCACGUUUGAUUAAUUUGGUCUUAAAAAUUUAGGGAUUUACUGAAACAUCCGAAUCUCAGUUCACGAUCAUGUGAACAGAGAAAAGCAGGAAACGUAAGAAGCUGGAACCAGUUUCAUGUUUUAUUUUCCAUUUUGAUUCAUCGACUGAACAAAAUCAUAAAGCGUUCAGUGCAGUUUUUCUGUGAAGCUCGGCAGCAGCAGAGCCUCAGCGCUUCAUUACAAAGCCUCUAUUGAAAUAGAAAAAUGUGCAUUGAGAUUAAAGUGUUUCUAUCGAA